CAGUUGUUCAUGGCCUGUUGUUGUUUCAGCACGUAAAGAGCACAUCAUCGUGUUGAGAAAUGCAUCGGUUUGAUGCAGUGCACAUCGGCUAAACUUAACUCAACAAUGUCUCCGGUGCAGAGUUUGAAUUAGGAUGCCUCAGAUGAUGCACAGACGCCGCUGGCCGUGUUGCUCCUCCUCGACACAGACCUUUCGCUUCAAGACUGUAAAGGGACUUCUACCGGAAACCAAACUUUUUUCUUCGAACUUUUUUCUCUGAAGCAGAAGAGGAAAAGAGACGACCCUUAGUGUCAUAUACGGCACGGUUCCUUAUUUUCUUCAUUUACGCGUGCUGUUGGAAAUGUGUCAGCUGCCGACCAACAGGGGAGAAGUAAACAGUUUCUGGCGAGGAUAAGGGCGACGUCGAGUGAUUUUAGGCUUCUCAUCGCUCACAUAACGGAUUUUGGUCCUUUAUCAUGGAAGAUGGUGCAAAAGAGGAGCCAGCCCAGAGCAAAGAGCCAAAGUUCCUGGGUAAGGCUGGCUGGGUGAAGAAGGCCCCCGGCAGAAUCUUGGCAAGCUAUAAGGACCGCUACAUCCAUGUGGAGAAGACAGAGAUUGUGGUGUAUGAAAAUGAGGACUUGCAGAACUGCUUGGAGAGGCUUGACCUGGAAAACUAUGAUAAGUGUCAUGAAUUAAAGAGCCCUUUUAAGAAGAAGCACAGAUUGAUACUGAUUCGAUCAUCCAAGCCUGGAAAUAAGGUCCAUGAUGUGAAGUUCCAGGCUCAGUCUGCAGAGGAGAAGGAGGCUUGGAUUAAAGCUCUGAUCGAUGGCAUUGGUCGAGCAAAGAACAAAAUCUUUGAUGAGGUGACUGUUGAUGAAAGCAGUAAUUUAGAGCAUGUUACUCGAUCAAGACCCAAAGGGAACCGUAACCGUCGGCCACCGACCAGGAUACACAUGAAAGAGGUAGCUGAUGUGUCAUCUGAUGGUAUCCUGCGUUUGGAUCUCAAUCUUGAAGAUGCCAUAAUGCCUAAUGGAACUGCCAGUGUUGAUAGCACUGAAAAAUCUGACGAGCCAAGAAAAGCACCCACUCCUUCAUCCAAUAAAAGUGAAGCUGCAGAGAAAGAAACAGGGGCAAGUGCUGAGGAGAAGGCUCAGACUGAGCCAGAGGUAAUCCCCCAGAAAAAGGUCAUCAAACCUCCCAUGCCCCCUACCAAAGAGGCUAAACGCAGUUCAACACCUGAAGAUGAACCUGAUAAGGCUGAUGGCCCAGAGACAAAGGUGAAGCCGCCUAUGCCUCCAUCUAAAGAAGCCAAGCCCUGUGCUCCAUCUGGUGAAGAAGCUACAGAUGAGGCCAAAGCUGAGAAGAUGUCUGAAAAGAGUCCUGAUACUAAGAAAAAGGCAGGUCCACCACCAACCCCUCCUAACAAACCCAGCUCCAGCAGCUCCAUAGGUAACCUUGCAGAGGCCUCACAGUCCAGGCCAAACUCCCACCCACCUACUCCUCCAUCCAAAGAGAAGAAACCCUCAAAUCCUCCUGUGGAGCUAGAUCAAGAGGUUCAAGGUAUGGUUGAUAAUAAUGAGGAGGAGGAGGAAGGCAAUAAGAAGGAGCUGACAGGAACAGCUGUGGAAACAGAUGAGGUAGACCAGUCCAUUUGUAAAGAAGCUGCACAUAGUGUCAGAGAUGAUAAACCUGAGAGUCCCAGCGCAGAAGGACAGGUUUGUGAAGAAGAACCAGAUAAGACUGUAAGUAGUGACAUAAACAAAGCAUCAGAAAGUGAGCCACAGAUACCCACAGAACCACUUAGAGAGAGCUCCAGUCCUCUAACCAUCAAGAAAAAUCCCCAGAUACCUGUUCAGCUCGACACACAACGAGCAGAUGACAACACGAAUACACCGAAGACAAAUGAUGGACAUGACCCUAACGCAUUACCGCAAACAGCCUCAGAUACCUCAGCCAGUUCUCCUCAAGCAGAAGAGGCUCUUCCCAAGAGUGAAGCCCUUGCAGUAGUUGUCUCAUUGAAUGACCCAGUCACUGAAAGCCUCAGCCUGAGUCCGCUGCUCUGUCACUUGCCUGGGGAGAAGAAAAAGAAGACAGAGGAAAAAUCUGUAGACAGUGGUCAGCACUCAGACGAAGACAGUGAAGGCUCUGGGAGUGAAGACACGCUGGCAGCUUCCACGGCUGCAUUGAGAGGCAGCCACACUGGUCUGGAUGCGUUGGACGGCAGCGAGGACGACAUUCACAUUCCUGUUGUUAUAACGCCGAAAAAGCUCCCACCCAAGCCUCAAGUUAGACCAAAGUCUUUCUUUCCCUUUCGGCGCUCAGAGCCAACUCCUCCUCUCAAGCCCUCGACCAAGAUCAGAUCAGCCUCCAGUGGAGAUCUGCUGUCUGAUGCAUCAGUCUGUGUUCAGGCGAAACAGCAUACCAGAGCUGUGGAUGGAGGCGAUGGGGCUCCAAGUGAUGAUGUCAUGAAACUUGAAAAUGAAGUGGCGCUUGAGAUGGAAAAGACAAAUGAGCUCCUGAGCAGAGUGUCCCAGUCCCAGGAGGGAGGUGAUGGAGAGGGCAUGCCAGAAGAUCUGCUGACCGAGGCCAUGGAGAAGCUGAAGAAGGCUGACCAUGUUCUGAGGGAAGUCAAUAGACUCGCAAGGAACUCAAGCAAAAGGAAGAGCUGGUGAAUGUCAGCCAUCACAGAUUGAUUUUGAAUUGACCAUUUGCUAAACCACUCCCCUCAAUAGUGAUUGUCCAAUCAUUUGAAGACUUUACACGAGCAGAAGUGUAACGACUAGAUUAAACAAUGUGGUUUUCUGCUCUAAGCUGCAAUUGUUAGCAUGUCUAGCUAACUAGCUUACUACCUACAGUAGUAACUGAAUGUUACUUCUAAGGUCUUUCAAGUAGCCUGUCGUUAACCAACCACCUUAGUUUUUUAGAUCACAAAUAAAAAAUAACAAAAGACAUUCACAACUAUUAAAUCCAUCAUGUAUUAUUUCUCCACUGCGUGGAGGCCAGUCCUGGAUUCUUAAGUUUAGUAAGCAGCUCUGUCUUGCUCUUUGGAACUGGGAACAUUUACAUUCCAUCAACCCCAGCCAACAUAACUCAAGAUAGUUUUCUGUUCACCAAAUACAUAAAAAAAGCCUUUUCUUUUAAUUGUCUUUAAUUGUCUUAUACUGUUUAAAAAUGAGAUCAACUGGUUGAGCUAAUGUUAAAAAUAGCUUCUUUCUUCCUUUGACUGAUCUCAAAGACCCACUGAUUCCCCACAACCCUCAGAAGGUGAGUGGAAAGCCUGACAGGUGUACCAUAACUGGCCAAGGAGGUUUAAGGGGGGCAAAAAGUUCUUAAGGCACAAGGUUAAAUUGCAUCAUAUCAUUGGGGUACAACUAGUGUGCGGUUUACAUGGAGCUGCGAUGUUGGAGGGUUACAGCAGACAGCGGUAGAAAUGAAGGGAUGGUUUCACUCUCAGGUGCUCUUUGGGUGCACUUUGCCUGACUGAACCAAUGCUCUAUCAUUGUGCGCCACCUAUGGAGCCUUUCGGCAUGCACAGAUUUUAGUGUGGAUUUUACUGGGCCUGUGUUGCACCCUAAUGUUAGUACGCCAUUUGACCCAUGACUUCUACUCUUUUUAGCCUCUGUGUUAGGGGUCUGGCCAACGGUCAACUGGUGGACUUGGGUAGAAUGACGAUGGUUAUGCAGCACUGCAACUGUUUGCUCAUAAUUAACUAAGUGCAAUUAUUUCCAGUUUAACUCUCUCUGCAGCUGAAGGUAAUGCUUAAUGUUCUACUGUGUAUUGUUUUUUUUUGUUAUAUAUAAACAUACGGACAUUUUCAAGAACAAUCACUUGAAAUUUAAUUAGAGAAUUAAUAAUAUAAAGACAAAGCAGUACUGUCAAUACAUUGAGAACAUGCAAAAAAGUACUAAAAAGUGUUAAUACCAAAAUACAUCACUGUUUUAAUGGUUUACUCUUCUUUGUGGAUUCAAGAGAAUUUUUCUAGUAUUUUCACCGUCAGUUUAUAUGAGGGAAUUUAUAUUGUACAUACUUUAUAUGUUUACUGCAGCAUAUGCUGUUUGUUGUUGAUGAGGAAAGAUGUACCAACCUAGCUCAGGAGUUUUCUGAAAUUGAUUUUUUCAGAUUAAUCAUGUAAUUGAAUCAAAAUGAAAAACUGCUACUCCAUAUAGAAUGAAUCCACUUUUCUUAUUAAUGAUGUGUUUUUCAGACUGAUAUUGUACAUAGCGCAGAACAAAGAGCUUGUAGCAGCCCUUUUGGCUCUCACUAACCCCGCUUACAGUUUGAUUUUACAUUCAUUUAAAUCAUAAACUCCAAUUUUCCCUAUUUUUGUCCAAUGCUAAGAUGUGAUUGUAGGGUGUAAGACUAUUUUAAAUAUGUCAUGCCAUUUAGAGUAUUCAAGAAUAUUUUCUAACAUUAGAUAUAAUUUUGUACUCUGAAAAAAUCUGCUAUUGUCCAAAUAAACAAAGGGAAACUAUCUGUUUA